GAAAGAGAGGAGCGACGUCCUCGCAGGGGAGGAGGAAAAGACGGCUCAGAAAGUAGCCUCGGUACAAGCAACCUGCAGGGGAAGAGAAGAAAAACCGGGCCGUCGUCAAAACUACAACCCGAUGCAACGCAAGCAACGACUUCGUCACAUUACGGUAGAUUCUGUGAGGGCCAAAAUUAUAAAUUACGAAGCAGAAAUGAGUAUCAAACCACUUCCAGAGGUUUGCACCUAGAGAAAGGGAGGCAGCGGCCACAGCAAACGCAGCAACCCCGUCCAGACAACGCCUCCGGGAGGAAAAGAGGAGAGCGGCGACAACACGACACGGCCCCGAGAAGACAGGAGACAGCGGAGCUCGACAAGCAGCCAGAGCUCGAGCACGGGCGCCGCCGGCCACCUGGGACUUGGACUUCGCAGCCCUGGACAUUCAGUAGAUCCUUCACCUUCCAUCUGGGGAGAGUGAGGACGUAGGCGCUCGCCUACCUAGAGGGCAGAAGUCAAACCAGUGAGGCAGAGAAGUUUAAGAAUGAGCCUGUGAAUGCCUCGCUUUUAUUUAUAAUUUUACUUUGGCACUUAGAAAAAAAUCCCAUCUCCAGAUUUCUGGGCAAUCACUUCCACUGAAUGCGGCGGGGCGAAGGCAGCUAUCUCAGCCGGACCCCUGCUAACCUGAGUUUCUUUUACCUUUCUUCUUUAGAAAAAAAAAAUUUCUCCUUCAGGAUCUCACUCCGCCAUCCUUAUUUUACAUAUCAAGAGAAGGCUAAAAGUCCCAGCAGGCAUUUUUCUUUUUCAAAGAGCACCUUUUUCUCUUAUUUUCUGGGGAGAAAGUAAAAAGCUUUCAAAAAGACUGGGCCCACAAACAGCGUGGCCGGCGGGUCUCUCCAGGGGGAAAGCGAGCAAGUGGGGUGUCGGGGGAGCGCACCGCCUCUUCUGCAAGCCGCAGGGCCACCACCAGUGCGUGAGCCUUGGAUCCCUCAACGUACUGUGAGACGCCGGUGUACAGCCCGGACCUGUGCCCCAACAUGAUCGCCGCUCAGGCCAAGCUGGUGUACCAGCUCAAUAAGUACUACACGGAGCGCUGCCAGGCGCGCAAGGCGGCCAUCGCCAAGACCAUCCGAGAAGUCUGCAAGGUCGUCUCGGACGUGCUGAAGGAAGUGGAGGUGCAGGAACCCCGCUUCAUCAGCUCCCUGAGCGAGAUCGACGCCCGCUACGAGGGGCUGGAGGUCAUCUCGCCCACCGAAUUCGAGGUGGUGCUCUACCUCAACCAGAUGGGCGUCUUCAACUUCGUGGACGACGGCUCGCUGCCCGGCUGCGCCGUGCUCAAACUGAGCGAUGGACGCAAGCGCAGCAUGUCGCUCUGGGUCGAGUUCAUCACCGCGUCCGGCUACCUCUCGGCGCGCAAGAUCCGCUCGCGCUUCCAGACGCUGGUGGCGCAGGCGGUGGACAAGUGCAGCUACCGGGACGUGGUGAAGAUGAUCGCCGACACCAGCGAGGUCAAGUUACGCAUCCGCGAGCGCUACGUGGUGCAAAUCACGCCGGCGUUCAAAUGCACCGGGAUCUGGCCCCGCAGCGCGGCUCAGUGGCCUAUGCCCCACAUCCCCUGGCCCGGCCCCAAUCGGGUGGCGGAGGUCAAGGCCGAGGGAUUCAACUUGCUCUCCAAGGAGUGCUACUCGCUGACAGGCAAGCAGAGCUCCGCCGAGAGCGACGCCUGGGUGCUCCAGUUCGGGGAGGCGGAGAACCGCCUGCUGAUGGGCGGCUGCCGAAACAAGUGCCUCUCGGUGCUGAAGACCCUGCGGGACCGCCACCUAGAGCUGCCGGGGCAGCCGCUCAACAACUACCACAUGAAGACGCUGCUGCUGUACGAGUGCGAGAAACACCCGCGGGAGACAGACUGGGACGAGGCGUGCCUCGGCGACCGGCUCAAUGGCAUCCUGCUGCAGCUCAUCUCCUGCCUGCAGUGCCGCCGCUGCCCGCACUACUUUCUGCCCAACCUCGACCUCUUCCAGGGCAAGCCCCACUCGGCCCUGGAGAGCGCUGCCAAGCAGACCUGGAGGUUGGCCAGGGAGAUUCUCACCAAUCCCAAAAGCCUGGACAAACUAUAGGAUGCCUGGGGCUGCUUCUAAAGCGACACAAGGCCAGCCGCCCUCUCGCAGAAACACACCGCACGCCACGCACGAGCAAACAACGGAAAACUUGGGAC